CCCACAGAGAUGGGAGGAGGCGGAUGGAGGGAGACAGCGGCAGGAGUCCCCAUGCUCUGAGAGGAAGGCGCGGCACACAGGAGCUAUUGGCAUCACAUCUGUCAGGCCGGUGCCCAGUGCUGGGGCAAUAGGGAAUGGGGGACCCAGAAGGCAGGGAGGAGGAAUGGGAAUGUGUUGCUCAUGUUGCUGUCCUGCUAGAUGCUCAGCUCUGAAAAAUGGGUGGACUCUGAAGUGGUUGGUUAUCUUCCAGCCUGGGGAAGUGAAGUGGUGGACAGAGUAGUCAGGGAAGUGCCAUGAAUGUGUUCAAGAGCCAUGGAGAAGGGUUUGUGCCACCACUAUGCAGGGAGAACAACUUUGGGAUAGCAAUAUAACCUCUGGUCAGAGCAACCUAAGGGACUGGGGCAUGAGAUGGGGCAAUGGGGAUAUUGUCACUGUCUAUGGAGCCUGGCACAGGCUCUGACAUUGUGUGCUAUAGGGGAGGGUGAUAGUUCCUCCUGCCAAUCUGGUUUAGAGGGUUGUGCCAGGUGUGAGAAGGAAGGAGGUAGAUGUGGAGGACUUUAUUUGGGAAAACAGACUUUUUUUCUGCCAGGAACUCCUUCUAUUCCCUCUUAGGCAUAGGGAGUGGAACUACAGAUGGAGAGCAGUGUGAGACACAAAGGAGGAAGCGCGCCAUUCCUAAAACCCUAAGGAAGAUGGGUGGAGAGAGGCUAGCAGUUCUGCCUGGCCUCCAGCCAGUUCCCGCUGAAGAUGGUCAUAUCCUCUAUCCUGGUCUCCCUCUUUCAUCUUUCCAUCACCACCUGGGUCCUACUGCUUGGCAUCCAACCAACUAGAUGUCGCCACGCUUGGCAGUGCUGUAUUGGCAUGUGUACAGUGUCUCAGAUCCUGGCACUGCGGCAAACCCAAAGCCGCCAAAUGUGCUCACGACGCCACUUGGCGGCAGUGAGAGAGAGAGAGGGGGCCAUGCACAAUGGAGUGCCAGGCAUUGGGUGGAGCUCUGUGCUGGGAAGUUGCACAAGAGGAUGCCCUUAACAACUUGGCUGAGCCAGCACUUCCUAGACAACUCCAACUCUGCUGUCUCCCAACUGGACACUCACCUAGCUCCUGCCCUCACUGCUCCCAAGAAAAGGAUUUAGAUGGUACUAUACUCUGUUUGAAUGGCUAUGCAAAGUGAAACUAGAGCACAGAGGAGCAAGGAUGCCAGGCCAGUGAACUUUCUGGGCAGCAAGGACAGAAAAAAAUCCUAGGAGAGUGAAAAGAGAGCCUGGAGAAAAGCAUGCCAGCUAUAUUGUCACCAAGAUGGUACCAGAAGAGAUUUGGAAGGAUGAAAUGCGACUCAGUGUAGAACACUUGCCCAGCGUGCAUGAGACCGUCCCUGGGUUUGAUCUCCAAUACCACAAAAAAAAAAAAAAAAGAAAAGAAAAUAAAUACUCUUCAGGAGAGAUUGGAGAGGACAAAGUAGGUAGGCCUUGCUGCUGUUGGGUAGUGGAGUGGGUUGCACCAAUGUGUUGCCUAGUGCCGUAUGAUCAGUUGAGCUGUGGCUGAACCAAACCAGUUCUUUUUCCUUGGUUAAAAUGUUCAUAUUUAAACUGGGUUUCGUGGCAUAUGCCUAUAAUCCUGGUGACUGGGGGGAGGGGUGGGCAAGGUAGGAGGAUUGCAAGGUUGAAGCUAGCCUCAGCAAGUUCGCAAGCCCUGUACAUCUUAGCAAGACCCUGUCUGGGGAUGGAGCUGAUUGGUUAAGCACCUCUGAGUUCAAUCCCAGGAGCCUGCCCUACAAAAAAGUUCAUAUUCAAUAACUCUCCUUAGAAGGAUGGAGAGGUUCUUUAGACUUAGAGAGGAAGGCAGGUGUUCGGAAAACAAAGCCACCUGGGACUUGUUCUUCCAGAAGCAUUGCAAGAUUUUGUAUUUAGGAAUUUCUCAAAGGUACCCCAAAUGGAAUUGGAUAAAUUUUGUAUCUUUGAAAUGUACUCCUGAAAAUCAACAAUGAACCCUGGUAGAGGGUAAAGCCCCUGGAGAAGAACACCUAGCAUCUCUGGUAACACAUACCAGCCCCUACAAACCUUAAUCUUGAGCCACCCUCUAUAAGAAUAUCCAGUAGAAAUGGCUUUCUUUGCUUCUUGGGUAACUGGAGGUCGGCUAUAGGUCAGUGACUUGGAAGAUGUAUUAGAAAAUUUGCUUCUGGGUGACUUCAAGGAGGAGGGUGGGUGGCUCUGGGAGAUAAGAUUGCCCAGAGGGAAAUAUAGUCAUCUGUUACCCAUGCAUGCAGGCCUGGGCUGCUCAGGGCACGGGAGUUCUGAUUUCAGCAUCUCCAGAAGUGGAUGAAAGCUUCAUAAGAAGCAAGGUGAUUUCCACAGAAGAGCAGAAAACAGGAGGCACUCAGCAAGGGCAGCUGCUGCUUAAUGGAGGAGGUGUGCUCUUCUAGGUCAGAUGGAGCAGGAGCAAGGGCAGAGGACAAAGGGGAGGAAGGAACAUGGGGAGCAAAGAACCAUGCAGAGGCAAAGGAGGUUCAAGAAAUGUCUAAAAAUAUGAUGGCACCACAAAAGGAAGGAAACUAUGUUUAUGGAAAAAAGGAAAUGAGAGGAAAUGGAGGCCCACUGCCUAGAUCGGGAGGGGUUGGAGAGUGCAGUCUCAAGUUCGUUGCCCACGACUCUCCCCACAGAGCUGCAACCUCAGUUCAGCUUUAGGUCUCUCGGGCCGGUCUGCCCUCGGCACUACUACCAUGGGCCUAAAAUGGCCGCUGGUGCUCGUACUCUCCUGUCACGCAGUUGAGCUGGGCUGAGAUCCGAGACCUGGGACUCCUCCCGGCAUUCCUCGCGGGUGUGGCGUGGACUCCUUCUCCCCCAUCUUCUGGUCCUGCGAGAGGGAGACCCUUGGGUUUGAGGUGAGACCCGAGGCAAAGCCGGCGGGUGCUGUGGCUGCGAAUGGCAGGUCAUCCCAGGUAGCAGCUCCUGGUCUCCUGGGGUAGCAAGUUGUAGUGUGGGGUGUUGAGACGAAAUUUGUUGCAUGACCUGCUUUCUAGGGACAUCUUUGGGUUGAGAACGUCAUCAAUAGUGGAAUGGAUUUAACUGGAGACCAAUCACUGUAGGAGAACGUUUAAAAUCUCGCAGACAGAGCCCUGUAUCGCUGAGGCAAAGAUCUGCAAGUCUGUAUGCGUCUCAGUAAAUUCAUCCAGAGUUAGAGUCUCUGCUUAGCCGUUGCCCAGCACGCUGAACACCUUUGGGCGCUAAGAAAAUGUUUGUUGCAAAUGAUCCUUGCAGAUAGCAUGGCCCAGGGCUUGAUUGAGGUGGAGCGAAAGUUCAUUCCAGGGCCUGGCAUAGAGGAACGACUGCAGGAGUUGGGGGGCAUCCUAGAGCACCGGAUCACCUUCCGAGACACCUACUAUGACACCCCUGAGCUGAGCCUGAUGCGGUCUAACCACUGGCUGCGACACCGAGAGGGUAGUGGAUGGGAGCUCAAAUGCCCUGGAGCAUCAGGUAUCUCAGGACCCCACACCGAGUACAAGGAACUUACAUCUGAACCUGCAGUUGUGGCCCAGCUCUGUGAGGUGCUGGGAGCUAAGGGUCUGGGGGAUGGAAGUGUGGCUGCUGUGCUGGGUCCACUAGGGCUGCAGGAAGUAGCUAGUUUUGUGACUAAACGGAGUUCCUGGAAGCUGGUAUUCCCUGGAGUCAAUGAAGAGGAGCCAAUGCUUAAGGUGGACCUGGAUACAGCGGACUUUGGCUACGCUGUGGGUGAAGUAGAGGCCCUGGUACAGAAGGAGGCUGAAGUACCAACUGCUCUAAAGAAGAUCAAUAGCCUCAGCAGCAUGCUAGGUGUGCCAGCACAGGAGAGGGCACCUGGCAAGCUCAUCGUGUACCUACAGCAUUUCCGUCCUCAGGACUAUCGGCGCCUGCUAGAAGUAAACAGCUCCACAGAGGACUAAACAUCCCGACAGCAGCCUGGGCUAGGGGUGUCACUUCCUAGAAGAGAAAGGGAACUCUUGGUCCAGCAGGGGCCACAACUGGCCUCACUGUGCCUCUUCCCUCCCACCUCCUCUCCCUAUACCUCUGCCUGUUCUUUCGUCCUAUUCUCAACAACCCGUUCCUUGAGCCCUCCCUGGUUGCCUCCUCUCUCUCAUCAGUCAGAUGCAAUCUGUGGGCCGCCCCUCUCCCCUGGCCGCUAAGCAGCCUCCAUUGAUUUCCGCUCGUGUUUAUAGGAUUUCCACUUAGCCGUGAUCAGUAGUUAAGCACAGGAAAAUCCCUUGCCACCCCCCUCCCUUGGUCGAUGCCAUUGAUUCUGCCAGCGGCUCCGAAACCGCCUUACAGCUGAGUUAGAGAUGAGGGGAGGCAGCAGGGAUUUCCCUGCUUUGGGGUGUGGGGAAUAGCAGGGUGGGGAAGUGGUUGGGAAUUCCUGUUAGAAAUCAGAUCUUGCUUUGAUUUUGCCACUGUGUCCAUCUCUGGCCCAGAGAGUAGAGUGCUUCCUGUGACAGCUUAGGGGCAAAUUUGCUCCCUAACCUUGAGGGGCAGAGGAAAACCCUGGUGUGCUUGAGGUUGAUUCUCAAGGUUCCCAGAAAGAUUCUUGGGACCCUGCCUAUGUGAGAAGCCUCUUCCCUUGCUGUUAUUUAUACAUAUUUUUCUACCUCAAACAUACCCAGAUUAUGGCUUUAUGCCCCCCUCGGGCUUUAUUUGGCUGCCAUUAUUUGUGGGGGAGGGGAGCAGACCCACAGUUUUGCAGUGAUUAAUGCAGAACCAGGGUGCCAUCUGCUGGUAGCCCUCAGAGUUGGUUCCCCACUGCUAGGAUCACAGGCUUUGGGAUGCAGGAGGAUUUCAGGCAGAGAAGAGUUAUUGCCACGUUUCCACAGGCAAGUUGUUCACCUCAAAGAUCUCUUGUACCGAUUGGCCCAAGUGGUUGUAGGUCAGGCGCAGCUUUAGCCGCAAGGGGGCCUAGAAAUGGGAGAGUGGAGACCAGAGUUAGUGCCUGUGACUUCUCCCUUCCCUAGGUCUUUCUUACCCAUGGGGCCCUGGAACUGACCUUGUUAGGAUUGAGGAUUCUGAAGAGCUGGGUGAUGGGGAGGCCGCCCCAAGCUGGAACUGUGUUCCCACUGGGGGCCUGCAGCUGCAGCUGGAAACUCUGAACAUGGGAUUUGGGCAGAACACAGUAAGGCAGCUGGCCGGGCUCAGGCAACCCCUCCACACUCAGUGGUGCCAAACCCUCUUCCCAUUAACUCCCCAGGUACCUGUCUCUGCUGUCACUCCCUUCCCAUCUCAUCCUGUCUCCCACCCACCUCUACUCCUUCCUGGAGAACCUAGGCCACCUCUGAAUCCUGGUAUUUACAAACCUUGGGCACAGCUGCCUGGCAGAUGAAGUGGGUGACAUCACCCUCUGAGGAGUUGGUGGUGGUGACGGUUACUAAAAGCAAAGCAGGGGAUCCAGGUGGUCGAGUGAAAGACAGAUUGAGCUGUACUCCCUCACGCUCAAACACUUUGAGAUUUGGAAUGGGAGCUAUAUAGCAGGGAAAGAGAGGCAGCUCAGUGUGCAGGCUCGAGAUAACACGUUCAUUCAACAACAAAAAAAAACAGUGAGCACCUUUUAUCCCUAUACUGCCCAAGAUGCUUGACAAGUAGACGACUGACAGUAUAGUGCAGGGAGAGGAGCAAUAACAGAGAAAAUAAGCAAGAUAAUUAGGCUGGAAUGGGUACUAUGAGGGAAAUAAAUUAGCCGGAGUAACUGGGAAGGACUAAUUUAAAUGGGAGUGGCAGGGAAAGGCAUAUGACAUUUCAGGCUGGAGUGCCUUCCCCAACCAAGCCAGUCACUUGAUGUGCCAAGGAAAUAACAUUUUGUGUAAAAAGAGCAUGAAAUGCCAAGGCUUAAGAUGGGAGGGUUUGAGGGGGCCAGUGGGGAAGUGGGAUGAGAUGGGGUGGGGAGGAAGCAGGGCCCUGCUGGCCAGGGCUAGAAGUCUAGAACAAAGAAGACACUGCAGCCAGGAGAGGACUGGCAUGACUAAGUGAACCCUUUUACCUACGAAAAAGAGGAUGGGAUACGGGCACACAGGAGGGAAAGGGUUUAUGAGCUUCACUCAGCACAGAAGCAGAGAUGGCACAUUCUCACCUACCUUCUCUAAGACUAGACUCUUUCCUGAGGCUUACCUGGAGGUGGCAAUGCACAGGGAAGGUCAAGGAGGUGUACUAAGGUACCUCCUGGGGAUGGAUCCAGAGGGGGAGGAUGCUGGGCAUCCUCAGGAGUGUCAUCCAGGAGAUCUAACAGGUCCAAGAGCUUUGAGGCCCAUGGGAAAGGGCAGAAGGGUCAGAACUUGGCAUGGAAGCCCAAGCCAGUCCUUCUCAUCCCAAGGCUUCCAGUCUCCUCACCUGGGGCUCUGUGGGGACAGGGGCUGCUGCCUUUGAAACCUGGACUGCUUCUUUGCUUUCCUUUGCCUCCUCAUCAACCUGAGGGCCACCUCGCUCCACAAGAGGCAUCUUCUCAAGGAUGGCAGCCCUGAGAGGAUGGAAUGUAGGUGUCUCUCUAGGUAGACCCUUUGCCUCUCACAAGAGACAUCUACAAAGAGUGCUCAGAACAUGGAGAUGCUGGGCACAUAGUAGAUCAGAAGUGUCCUUCUGAUAAGAUGGCAUACUGUUGCUGGUUUUCAGAUGAGCAGGGAGGGUUAGGAGGCAGCUUGCUUCAAUGAACUGUGUGGAAAGCUCUUGCAGUGGACAACAACACAGGAGAGGAUGAGACCCUUGAGGCUACAAGGGGGUAUUUGGGAGAGGGCAGGGAUCUGGGUCCCACACCGGAGCCGAUGUUUUGACAUACCUCAUGUGGUCAUACUUCCGGAAGAGUGUGUUAUAUUCUACAGCCCGCUGCUGCAGCUCUACAUCUAAGCAGCUCCCGUAGAUAGACACCACCUGGCGGAUGCGGCUGGGCCACAGAGUUGUGUGAGUUGCAAUGGCAGUUUGUCCUGCCCGUCUGCUUCAGUAUAUGGCAGAGAAGGGAGCGGUCCCACAGAGUGAGGAGACACUAAAGCAAGUCCCAAGAUAUGUAGCUCUAAAGCAAGUCCCAAGAUUGGGGGAUAAGAGUGGCGAGGGAUAGUGCAGCUAUCUGGAGAGCUUAGAAAUGGUAUGCAAGUGAGGAGACGUUUUUCUCUGGGCUGAGACCUCUUCUUACUUGUUGUCCCCUCGAAGCCGGGUGCUGAGCUUCAUGAGGGCUGUGAGUGCAUAUCCUCUGGUGGCUGGCAGGGACAUUUGGGACUGCAGCACCUUUUCUAGGAGUGCCAACACCUCCUCUUCUUCCACCUUCAGGUGUGGGUACAAGUAGUGACCUAGGAUCUAACCCUAUCUCCCUUGACAAGUCCACCCUUAGUGUGUCCACUAUGUAGGCCUUACCUGAAGGGGUUCUACUUCUUCACAGCUCCCCUCCAGCAGGAGGUCCCCAUACUCUCCAAUGCACCAGGCUGCCACUUGCACCAGUGGCUGCUGUAUGGGAGAAUCACAUCUAGGUCAGUGUUUGGGGUUCCCUCCUCUCUUCCACACUCUGAAACAUCCCCUUAUGCAGCACAAAUAUGGUGGGGCAGGGAAGGAAAUUUGUGAGCAGUUUCUGUCCUGAUGUCUGGGCUCCCACUGCCCUCUGGUGGCCUAGAUUCAGAAGUACAUGGCCUGGCCACUUGAUGGAACUGUGAGAGGGUCCCACCCUUGAGGAAGAGCAGGGUGAUGGUUUCUGCUCAUCCUACUUAAGAGGAAAAUGGAAAGUAUGCCGUGAAUAUAUAAAAAUACAUUCUACUGUCAUGUAUAACUAAAAAAAAAUUUAAAAGGGGCAGUUUAGUAUUGGGUGGCACCUUUGGCAUUCAGCAUUUGAAAUAAUAAUAAAGUAUAAUAUAUGCAUAAAA